GUGAAAGUUUCCCUUUUUGUGCCCCCCAUCGACAGAAAUUGCUGUCUAAUGCACACAGAAUCCCCAAUCCACUCGACAGCUUCGUUUAGGGUUUUAUUUUUUCCCAACUGUUGAGUCAGCAGAGCCAGCCGAGCAAUGCAGAUACAUCAGCCAGCAACAGAUACAAUUUUAUCUGCUACCUGUGUGUGCAUUUUUUACUCAUCCGUUAACCGCAACCGGCGGCGAACUGAGCGGGCCAUUGUCGGAGCUGCACUGGCGAUGUUGCUACUGACUUGUGAUGUUGCUGCGUGACAAUGAUUGCACAAUGGAAUCAAUUGUUAUAAUGGAAUUAGCGUGCCCGAGGUCCCGCCACGUCUAGCCCAAAACAGCCAUGACUUUUCGACUAAAAAGAAAUAUUCGCAAAAAAGAAAGAAAUGGGGGUUUGGGCGGCGGAAAGUGAGUGAAAGACACCAGCAAGUGCCCAUUAAAUUAACAAUUUAAACCUUGACUGAACCUGCCAAACACGAACUUCGAUACGCUCUAAAUAAGUUUGAAAAAAAUACACGAAACUCUACAAAACGUAUCUGAAAAUAAGCAACUUAAUUAUGAGACCCCUUUUUAAAGACAACAUUUAUAGCCUUUGAGGCAACGCCUUGAUAUCUCGAAACCUUAAAAAACAGCCAACUCAUGGGUUGCUCCAUCAGCCAACCCAACCCAGAUCCAAGAUCCUACAACAGUGAUUCAUGGAUGUCAUAUUCCCUCUAUUGAGGCUAUCAAUAUCGGCAAGCCCUUUCACUUCGUUCGUUUUGUGUCUUUCACAACUUAAAGCCAUAAACGAAUUAAAAUAUAAACAAUUGUCGAAGGGGGAAAUAUUUAUGUGCACGGCCAGCUGUGACAGAAAUAACAGCAGUAACCGUCUAAAGGGGGCACGUUUUUGAUGCAAAAGACGUUGCCAGACAAAGAGCGACUAGAAAAACUGGUUGGACACACGAGUGCCAUGUGAAAAACAAAAAUCCAUAAGACCAAGGCACUGGAUGGGGACUGGGUGGAAAUGCAUUCGAGCGGCGGAGGAACUUGAUAAGUUUGCGAAAAGUGGAUCACAUCACAUGGCGUUUCCAGCUCAAGUGCCGGCCACUUAACACCAACGAGUCCGCCAUGCUCACCAGACAGCCCGACUACACCAUCUCCGAGCUGGGCCACCCCGUCCACCAGUGGCCGGACGCCACCACGUGCGAGUCCCUCCGAAAAGCGGAUCCCAGGAAGCUGCCCGCCUCGCCGCCGCCCUCGCCCCACCGCCUGCUGCCCCUGCGGGAGACCCUCGACGACUGCUUCAAGCGGCUGCUGAUGCGGAGCCGGGAGGAGGCCGAGGCAGAGGACCCAGUGUACCAGCAGAAGCACAUGAAGAACCAGUGGAACGAGGUGCAGAGAAGGCGCAGAAAUAAAAAGUGUCGCGAUAAUGGCGAGUCGAGAGCCAAAAGAGCCACAGCCACGAUAACACCGGGCACUUGCGAUCUGAACAGUUUUUGAGAUCGGAACCGGGUCGGGGGAACAUACUAUAGAAGGGGGAACGAAACCUAAGCGGACUGAUUAAAUGUGCUAAAGUGAAAUACCUUCUGCCUAGAACCAUAAGAACAUUAAACGUUAAGAGAGAACCUGAAGCACUUAAUUUUAUUUUAUUGCCCUGCCACGCAGUUGGCGUUCGAAAAGAUUUCCAAGCGGAAUUCUACGGCUCAUUAAAGUGUAAACAAAGGAGAGCUGUUCGGAGAAGAGACCAGAGCAGCGCCAGAACCGGGCAGAGCAGACGGGCGUCCAAAAAUGGUGCGGAGACAUUGGGGCAACCUUGAUCGUGAGCACGUCGCUUCGAGCCAAUAAAUUAAUGCUCAAACGUGCUUUCUUUAAAUGGCCAAAUGCGUAGAAUUGUCUUAAAAUCCAAACACGCAGCGGAAGAGUAAGAGAUCAUCUAGAUCUAGAGAUCAUCCAGGGCUAAUGGAAUCCAAAGGGGAUUCCAUCCAUGGGAGAAAAGGGUCAGUUGGAACAGGAGGUUCAUAAGCAUUUAAUUUUAUAUAUUGUAAUGAAACUCGUAAAAAAUAAAUGUUAUGACUCAAAAACCUUA